AUGGCAUCCGCGCCCGAGUACCAGGAGAAGUCGCAGCACCGCUUCGACCCCAACUUCACCGAUGCCGUCAUCAAUGCCAUGGGGCCCAAGGUCGACGACAGGACACGCUUUGUCAUGAGCAAGCUGAUCCGCCACCUCCACGACUUCAUUCGCGAGGUUGAGCUCACCAACGAGGAGUGGUUCGACGGGGUGCGCUUUGUCAACGCCAUCGGCAAGACCACCACGUCGUCGAGGAACGAGGCCCACCGCAUUUCCGAUGUUCUGGGCGUGGAGUCGCUGGUCGAUGAGAUCGCCCACAAGCACAUCAACGAGUCUGGCGAGACGCCCACAUCGAGCACCAUUCUCGGUCCCUUCUGGUCGCCCCACUCUCCCUUCCGCGAGCUCGGCGACUCCAUCGUCACCGACCCGCACCCAGACGGCCAGACGACGCUCAUGCACGGCGUUGUCCGAGACCUCGACACCAAGAAGGGCAUCCCCGGCGCCGUCAUUGAUAUCUGGCAGGCAAGCGCCAACGGGAAGUACGACUUCCAAGACCCGGAGAAUCAGAGGCCCAACAACCUGCGCGGCAAGUUCACCACAAACGAGAACGGCGAGUACUGGUACUACUGCUACAAGCCCACCUCGUACUCUCUGCCCACGGAUGGCGCUGUCGGACAGCUCUUCAGGACGCUCGACCGCCACCCCAACCGCCCCGCUCACAUCCACCUCAUGGUCUCAGCGGAGGGCUUCAAGCCUCUGAUCACACAGCUGUACCCCCGCGAUGACCCGUGGGCGGUGAACGACACCGUCUUCGCUGUCAAGGACGACCUGCUGCUUGACUUCACGCCCAGCAAGGACGAGAAGGCACAGCUCGACCUCGAGUACAACGUCACUCUGGCGCCAACAGGCAAGAAGACUGGUCGUCUUGAAGGCAUCCCUAGGCUGCCCAACGUUUUCGACGAGGCGAGCAGGUUGUAG